AUGCCUACCCGCGAGAAAUCACGCCCGAGACCUCGAGGAUCCGACGAGGAAUUCGUCGUCUUUCUUCAAGGGAUCCCAGCUCACUGCCGCUGGCAAGAACUCAAAGACCUGAUCCGCCAAACAGCUGUUCAUAUCCGCCAGGCUGUAGUGUACGACGACAGUCAUGGCUUUCCUACUGGGCUGGGACAGAUAAUCAUCAAGAAUGAAGAGGAGGCGUGGAGAACUUAUCAUCGACUAUCCGCCAACGGCUGGGAAGGACAGAGUAUAGUCAUCACGCUCUCGAGAACCUGUGCCCCGACUCGUCCUAUCGCGGGUCCUACCAGAGGUCCAGCUUGUGUGUUUCCUUCUGGUUACAUGUCUGGCUACUCGACGCCGCCACGUGUGACCCAUAAUCUGGCUGCUCCUGGUUCUCCAGAAUCUCUAUACCAGAGCCCAGAAUACGCGCCGAUAAUAGGCCUCCCUCAGCCACCGCCGCCGUUCGUUCCUAUGCUCCAAGAUCCUCUAUCUCCACCGACAGCCCCAGGUCCAGGUCCAGGGCCAGCUGUCACCUGCGAUCCAUCACUAUACACCUUCACCAUCCCUCCACCGACAUACCAAUUCCAACACAUCCCUGAACCAGUCGUUCACCUCCCAGCGAAGCCUCUAUUCAACAUCCCAAGCCACACCACCAAUACCUUCUACACAAAAUCCACCCGCCGCACAAUCCUCAUCCAGAACCUCAGCGCAAACACCACACAAGCAAACCUAGUCACUCUCUUCCAAGAGGCCGGCCCUAUCGAGCGAUGCCAGUUCGACACCACCGCAACCACCCCCGCAUACACACACCACAAACAAUCAGCCAGAAUCACAUUCACAACACCAGACUCUGCCAAACGCGCCGCCACACUAUUCAACAACACCGCGUUCAUGGGCUCGAAGCGCAUCCGCGUACGAAUCGAUCGAAACCCCAAUCCCAAUCCCAAUCCCAAUCCCAGUCCCAAUCCCAAUCCCAACCCCAGCCCAGUCCCGAUCCCAAACCACAACCAUACCACAACUGUGGAUACAAAAGCAACCAGCGCAGCAAGCACAAACUCGACAACACCCGCUUCAAGCCCUAGUCCUAGUCCCGGUCCUUACUCUUAUCGUGGUCAUAGUAGCGUCGGGACUAGUCCUGCGCAUAGUGUUGCGGGCGGAUCUAGACCUGCGUCGAAGGAUGGCCCUGUCCCGAGACAGUCGGUGGAUAAGUGUCAGCCGUUGGUGGUGAAUGGGUCUGGGGUUGGGAGGAAUGCGGUUGGUGUUGUUGGUUGA